UGAAAUAUUGUGCAUGCGUGCGAUCUGCGUUGACGUCUCGACUCAACAAAAUAAAAUCUCCUCUCCACUUUACUUUUGGGCGGCCAUAUUGCUCCUUCGCCGUGCGUGCGUUUCACUGAUAUUUGAAGUCCUGAGUUGCUGCAUCCAGUUGAAUUGCCUCCUAACCUCCACAUAAACAAUGGGUGACCGCAACAAUCCCAUAAAAUUCGGUCCUGAAUGGCUACGCAACUUGGCACAGGAGCGCAGCGCGGCGAGUUCUACAUCUCAGAGUCAAGUUAAUUCAAACAUCAAUUGUACAGGUUCUGGCGAGCCCGGGGCUUCUGGGGGCAACGGAGGGGCGAUAGGGGGCACCCCAGGGUCGCCGUGUAGUGUCACAAGUACAACCGGCAGCGCAAAUGUGGCAGCCAACACUUCAAACUCAACGGGCGCCACGGCAAAAAUACAGUUGGCGAAACAGCGGUAUGGCAGAGAAGAGAUGCUCGCUUUAUAUGACAGAACAUCAGAAGCGCCGCCAGAAUUAAAAUACAUCGAUUUCCUCUACCAACCCAGAGGCAAACCGCCCUUUGCCCUCAAUAACUCAUUUGAGGACGAAAUGGAUACCGGGCCGUCUAUGGAGAGGUUUGCGACGGGUCGCGGGCAGGGCCGUGGGUUGCCGGUGGCGGACCGUGGGAGACCACGACUCUCGUUUGUACGGUCACCCUCUACAGGGAGGGGGAGCCACUGGCCAUCAUGGCAUCUGGGGGGCGGCGGUAAUCCCCGGAUGUCAUUCAACCCCGACGACGAGCCGCCGCAGCGCCCAUGGUCUUCGAGCAAUGGGGGAGGGCCCAACAACAGGAACAGCGGAGAACAGCCGGAGUGGACACCUAAUAAGAUGUAUAGGAGCAAACGCCAAGGACAAACUACGAACUGGCGGCAGUCUCGCGAGGAGGGCGAAGAGUGGCGAUCUUCGACCGACGGGCCGCCGUCCUCGGGAACAGGGAGGUCCCGUUCCAACCAGGACAAAUGGGCGGAGCGAGACUGGGGUGAGCGCCCCACUUCGGACAAGUCACAAAAUCGGAACAACCGUCGCACCUGGGUUGGCUCGGAUUCACAGAACGACGAACUUCCUGAAUGGGCUGUGGAUAACGCAGAGGCAUGCGGUGGUACUUUCGAUGCGUCCGGCGCGUUCCACGGGUAUAGCAAUGACGAUACUAAUGUACCCAAAGCUCAGGAGCCUUACCCAUUAACCCGAUCCCACACCCACGGGAGUUUCGUCCGCUCGAAGACCGUGGAGGAAGGCUCCGACGAGUGGUGGGCCUCUGAGAAGGCGAAGAAGCUGUCGCCCAAACGAUUUGAUGCCAGUGAUAUUAAAUUCAAAAAGCCUGCCACUACCAUUCAGGAUUCCUCGCCAAUGCAUUCCACAUUGGACAACAUGGAGAUGCACGAUUCCAACGAGAAACACGAUGGCACACCCGCAGAGACCCCAGAAGUCAGCGCUAUAACAUCAGAAGAGGAUGUGUUUAAGAAGAACGCUUUGAAAGCCAAGUUCACAGAGAGCAAAACGUUUGAUUCUCUCAUGAGGACUAACAUCAAUCUUGAGGAGGCAAACGACGAACGAGGCAACUUCCAGUCUGUGAUGAUAACACCGAAUAACAGCCUUCGGCAGAAACAUCAGAACAUUGUGGCCUCUGUUGCUGAACCAACUAGGAUGCAGUCUCACAGGCCUGGCCUGUUGAAGCUACUGGGGAACAAACCUUCGAGCAAGUAUAGCGAGACCGAUUACGAUAACAUGAACGCGUCUACUGAGGAGAAGAUAGUUGAAGACCUUAUUGAUAUGACUUUGGAGGACAAGGAAAUCAUUCAGAUCACCAAAAUGUCCACUGCCCCACCCAACCAAAUGAUGAACCAGCCAGUCAUGUCGACUGGGAUGCCGUCGGUGAAUUCCAUGCCGCAAAUGCCGAAUACGAGCAUGCAAAUGAGGCUGACGAGCCCUAUUCAUUCUAACCAAGGGCUGAUGCAAAAAGCCAAUAUGCAAUCAGCUUUGCAAGGACCUGGGAUGCAGCCUGGAAUUCAGCAAGGACUCCAACAAUCUGGUUUACAAAAAUCUGGUUUGCAACAAUCUGGUUUACAACAACCUGGUUUACAACAGCCUGGUUUACAACAAUCUGGUUUACAACAGUCAGGCUUACAACAACCAGGCUUACAACAACCUGGCUUACAACAGCCAGGCUUACAAUCUGGCCUACAGCAACCUGGAUUACAGUCCGGCCUUCAACCAUCGAGCCUACAGCAAACGGCCCUACAACAAGCAAGUCUCCAGCAAUCAGGCUUGCAACAAUCUGCUUUGCAGCAGUCGGCAUUGCAGCAAUCUGCUCUGCAACAAGUGGCUUUACAACAAGCUGGAUUACAACAAUCGGGUCUUCAGCCAUCAGCUCUUCAGCAAGCAGCUCUACAACAAUCUGGAUUACAACAGCAAGGAUUGCCACAGAGCAUUCAACAGUCGGGAUUACAACCCGGGCUUCAGCAGGUCGGCAUAACAAACUCGGCGUUAAACGCCUCUCUAGGCCUACCCAUACGACCUUUGGGAACGUCGAUGGGACCAACCAUGGGAAUGAGAAUGCAAGGAGUCCCGCCUCACAUGAUGCCAAAUUCGCCCAUGUCAAAUCCCGGCCUAAAUUCCACCUUGCCCGCGGGAUUGCAGAACAACACUCAAGGGAUUCCCGGAUUUCAGCCCGCAGCGUUGCCGAGCAUGGCCUCUAAUAUGGCAAAUAAUUCACUGUUCAUGAAUCAAAAUACCAACAAUAACCCGCUACAGAACCACGGCAACCAAUCGAACAUGUUCCCGAUGCACGGCCUCCAGCACUCUGGAUCUCAGCCGUCGUUCGCCUCUAUUUACGGGAACAUAAUGCAAACACCACCACCGCCGCCCCCCACCACUCAGAAUCAGGCGGAGAUGUGGUACUACGAAGAUCCGAAGAAAACGAUCCAAGGUCCGUUCUCGUCGAAAGAGAUGCUCAACUGGUACCGCGCCGGGUUCUUCACUCAGAAUCUCAUGGUGCGACGCGCGUGCGACACCACGAUGCGGCCACUCGGCAGUUACGGCCCGGUGGUGCCUUUCGCCCAAGUGGACAUUUUAUCAUCGUUCCCGAUGUCUACAACUUACGAGCCGCUCAACCAAGGGCCACGCGACACCAUACUUAACUCUCAACCAGGACUUGGCCUUGAAUCAGUUGAUUCCCUGUGGAGCCCGCCCACACCCGCCCCGGAUAUGAUGUGGAUGCAGCAAGCGAUAAAUCCUCGCAACGAGAAUUGCGUCAACAACCUGUCUAUAUACUUCUGGGACGAACAGGUAAACAACCCCUCUACCAUAGCUUCAAGUUCUCUGCUCCCCGAGGAUAUAACUAAAGAGAUGAAAACAGAGGAUCAGAUUCUGGCACAAAUAAGGAGUACACAAAACAUAAGCACUCAGCCGAAUAUGUCUUUUAUGAAAGAAACUCCACCCGCGCCCGUCGUGGCCCAGAAAACAGAGGAAGUUUUCCCGCCCGAGAAUGUUACUCCCAAUUUGGAAGAGUUGCAGAAGUUGAUAAAGAAAGACAUCUUGACUCCCAAGGCGGUCAUUGAGCCCAGCGUGCAGAACAAGGAGCCUGAGGAAAUAUUCCAACAGAAAUCGGAGAAGGCAGUGAAAGCCGAGCAAGCGCCCGAGCCGGCCGUGAAACCCCAACAGGUUCAGAAGGUAUCCGAGUCGAAAGCGAGCAAACAAGCGAAGAAUGAAAGCGAAAAAGCAAGAAUGAAGGAGAACCUCGCCAAGGCUAAAGCGAAGAAGGUGAAGGAUGAGAAGAAGGAGGAUGAACCGAAGAGAGAGGAGGAAGUCGCUAAACCUGAAAAGAGGUCAGUAGAGUCGUCACCUAUUAAGAACAAGAAAGAAGAGAAGACUAACAAGAAGGAGCUCGAGAAGGAAAAGAAGGAGUGGCUGAAGGAAGGCUUCACCAUCGUGAAGGGCCCCGAAAAGAACAACAACAAAGAAAACAAGAAGAAAGUGGACGAGGCUAAAGUCAAUGAAGAAAUGGAACGCAAAAAGAAAGAAGAGGAAAAACUUGUAGCGGCUGAAGAAGAAAAGAAACGGAAACAGAUGGAGGCAAUCAAGAAGCAACAGGAACAACAACAGCUCCAACAAAAGCAGGCCACGGAAUCGGCCAUAAAGAAAGCGCCGUGGUCCCUGGCGAGCAACCAGAGCAUUCAGACCACAAACAAGGAGGGUCUCACUCUAUCCGAGAUCCAAAGACUAGAGAGGGAGAAGAAGUUGGAGCAGAUGAAGGAGCAGCAGCAAAUGAUGCAGAUAAUUGCUCAGCAGCAGGCGUUGCAGUUGCAGAGGGAACAGGAGAUGCAGGCCGGUUUGGGAUGGGCAAAGAAGAAGGCUAACAAUUUGAAUACUCCCGGUCAAAGUUUAGCUGAAAUUCAGGCGGAGGCGCGCAAACAAGCGUCCACCGCGGCUGUGCCGCCAGUGGUCGACGAGACGCCCGCAGCCCCGCCGCCGGUCAACAAUGUGCCCUGGGGGAACUCACACAAUGGAGCGGCCGGCGGUUUCUGGGAUACUCAACCGAAUACGUCGCCCAAGGCUGAGAAGCCGCAGGAGCCCAAACCAGACACGAGCAAGCCGAAGAAGAAAAUAACCAUCCCGACGCCAGUGAAGAAGGAAACCUCCCCAGCGGCCGAGUUUGAAGUCUGGUGUUCCACUGUACUUAGUUCAUGGAGCUCUAAGAUUGAUGUGCCAACGUUCAUCGGGUUCCUAAAAGACAUAGAGUCUCCGUAUGAGGUGAAGGACUACGUGAAAUGCUACUUGGGUGAGACCAAGGACUCCAGUGAUUUCGCUCGUCAAUUCCUCGAGAGAAGAUCAAAACUUCUGCGCGUGGGCAUGGUGACGCCGUCCGACGACCUCUGUUCGCCGGCCAUAGCCGUCAACCCUCGCACUAUAUCCGGCUCUGAUUAUCAGGAAGUGAAGGGAAAAGGCAAGAAGACGAAGAAGAAUAAAAUGCUGAAGGUGGACGCGCGGAUCCUAGGUUUCUCCGUCACGGCGGCCGAAGACCGCAUCAACGUCGGCGAUAUCGAUACCGUGUGAAAACCCGCUUGUGUUCAGAACUCUACUUGUGAUAACACCCGAUAAAAUGUCUAUAUACACUUGCCACAUCGCCGGAGACGCCAUGGUAUCCAUCGACGUCCGACAGACUUGUUAUACGAUAAAGAAACUAAAAAUCAUCCACCCCCCCCCCCCCACCAAUAUGUUUGACAUUAAACGGACUUCGAACACGGAUGUAGUGUAAAAAAAUUGUGACGAACUGUGGUAAUCCAGCCCCCUCCACUUGUUUUUACGGAACAAUGUCAUUCAGGUUUUACACUGUUGUUUAGAUGUGUGCGUAAGCUUCGUCAAUCGUGCUGUGUCGGUCUAAAGACAGAGAUAGCAUGAUUGAUGGGUAGCUUUUUUUGCGUUUAAAUCCUUUCAAUUAUGUUAUAUAGGUAAGAAAAAUUGUCAGGUACAGUACCAAAUUGAAUGCAUUUCUGUGUGGAUUAUUUGAAUUCCGGUGGUUUUGUCGACGAUCGCACGAUUUCUGUAUGAUUUUGAUUUAUCUUUUAUUUAAAAUUCAUAUAUCACUUUUUAGUAAAUCUUUUUAGUAAUAACCUGUUUCCUUAAAUAUUUUGUCUUUUAUUGUUACCCAAGAUCGAUGGACAUCUAGUGUAUGACUUUGUUAACUGUAAAACAACUUUAACUACAUUUAUAUUUCAAUCCAAUAUCAAAAAAUCAAUAUGAUCAUAUUUUGACAUGAUAAAUAAAUGUAAAAGGGGCGGUUUACAUUAGCAGAUUGAAUUAGUCUCGAAGUAUCAACAAUACUAUAUUUUAUUAUAUAGAUAAACAUCCAAGAUCUAGGAUAAUCAUAGAAAGUCCAUUUCUCAUCACGCCCUGGCCUUUCGUAGUCACAGACAAGUGCACUACGGCUGCGUCACAGAGGCCGUCAGACGAUAUUUAUAUAGCUCAUAAAACCCUUACAAAAUUUACAUCCUUUUUAUUGUUCUUACGAAAGACAAUAAUCGUACGAUUGUCGGUAAAACAGUUCUCAUAGUUUCUGAAGUAUAGAAAAAAAGAAUCUGCAGCGAUUAUAUACUAACUGUCUAUUAUAAUGUUACUUUUGAGUCACAACUUAUAUUAAGGAACAGUACUUAAGUAAAGGAUCAGAUUUAUAAGAGAAUCUUAUCAAAAAUAUAAUGCAAUUGUCAAUACGUUCACUUUUUGAAAUCAAUAAUUUUAAUAACUUGUAGACACAUAAUUUGAGAGCGUUAGUAUUAUUUAUUAGAGAAUUUUUUUGAAACUUAUAAGACAAAAUUAGGACUUUUUAAUUUGUUAUCGGCUAGUAAAAGAAGUGCAAUGUUUCGCCGACUACAAGUAAAAUUCUUAUAAAAAAUGUUAGUGUAUAAUUUAGCCGGCUUUGCUCUGGUGCGUGUUCCUAAUAUAUGUUGCUGUCUCAGUUUAAUUUCCUUUUGAUGUAUUGAAAAAUAAAAUAUGGCAUUUGGUGACAGUAGCGGUUAGUAUAUUUAAGAGAUUCUCUCAUUAAGUCGGAGCACUUAGAGUCGAAUACAUUGAAAUCUAAGCUUAAAAUCGUAUUUAUGAAGGUUGUAUUUAAAAAAUUGUACGAUAAAUUAGCGGCAUUUUUCGUCGCGUUAUCUUGUCUUCAAGGAUUCGGCCAUAUGGUUACAGAUAUAGUCUAAAAUUUUUAAUGUAUGUUGAUUAUGAGUGCCGUCAGCGUCUUCAUGAGAUGAGUCCUAUUAACUUGGACCUGCAUAUUAUCAGUUUACUAUCAAUUAGUACAUAAAAUAACAAAACUUGUGCCUUCAGUGUGUUCUGGCAAUUGAAUGCGUGUAUUGUCUUAAAAGCAUGUUUAUACUGCUUUAAUGUGUAUUUUAUUGCGUUGCUGCAUCUGAUUUGUAACAUAAUGCAUUACAUGCGUAUUAAAAUACUGUAUUUAUUAGUUUCUAGUCACUUUCAUUGUAGAGAAUGAGAGCUUCGACGAAAAUGUAUAUUGAUGAUUAAAUAUUAUGUACCGAAAUUUAAUGGUAAGUAUUGAGUCAAUGUUUCUAUUUGAUAUUAAAAAUUUUACAAUAAAAUAAAAGUAUAAUCCCCCAUUGUGACGAUUAAGUUUGUGUUUUAGAUAAUUUUUAUACAAUUUUCGCCGAGCGGCUCAUUUCUCUCGCUACACCAGUCUGACCGUCGAGGUACCGUAACCGCAAAUAUCCGGAGACGUAGGCAUGCAUAUUAUGUACAGUACACUACUUCGUUCCACAGGGCCAUUUCACUCAUUGCCGUCCCUUUCUUACCGUAUCAGCAAGACAGGGACAGAACGGAGUGUUUAUAUUUAUUAUUGUGCAAUCGUUGUCAUUUGUAUUUUAUACGUAUCAACGUAGUUCCUUUAUGCGCUCGAUACAAUCAUUACUAAUAGUAUAAGCUUAGCCAUUGACCGCGCGUUUGCUCAUUCAAAUCGGUGUUGUGACCUUUCACUUUUAGCAUAGUAUUAAUGCAUUUUCAUAGCCGAUACCACCUACCUUGACUAUCUCGAUGUUUUAAUUUUUAAAAAAUUCUAUACCGAAUUGCAUUUUAUGAGUUUCACAAAAAUGUUUAUUAUUAAAUUAUUAUGAUAUAAGUUUUGUCCAUCCCCCAGAAAACAAUUUUUCACGAAAUGCUGAUGAAAACGAUUGCUUGCGUUUUAAAGUAUUGGUAUUUUUUUAUUCCUUGAUCAUCCAUUUUUUAAUGGAAAUGUUAGUUUUAAUUGCGUACUUGUUACCAAUUUUAUUAAUGUAUGUACUUUUUCAAUAUACCCAUAGUCAAGGGUGUCCAAUAUUAACCGCCGUGUUAAAAUUUUUACGACAUGACACAAAAGUUGACUGAUAUGAUUAGCAGACCCCUGGUGAUAUAUACCGAGUUAUCAAUAUUUCACUGCUCGACCAAUCGGUACCUACAUUGUUUUUGUGCUUGUGAUUGUGUAAAUUUCUUCCUUAAAGUAAAUCUCUAUAAAUCUACAACUUGAUCUAAGACGGUUCGUGUUUCGUUACGCCUGUAUUUGAAAUGUACUUCCAUAAUUUCUAAUUAAUAUGAAUUGAUUUUAAUAUUGUUUAAUUUUAUAAUUUAUUUAUAAUUAAUGAUUGUAAGGAUUUUAGUAGUUUUUAUGUAUAUAUUAUUAUUAUUAUAUUAUAUAUACCACAUGGUUAUUUGUAUAUACAAUUCUUGUUUCUUAUCGUUUUAAUUGUUAGCUUACGAUUUGUUUUAUAACGCGUCGCCACGACUUGUUCUGGCCCGGCGACGCGACGCGACUGACGCCCUCUUUGUAUGUAAAGCCUUCUGUGUGAUCCCCACUAUGUACAUUUUUUACUAAAAUAAUUGAAUGUUGAUGACUUUAUCGGUGUACCUUUCAUUAGCGUUCUCAAAACGUCAAAGGCGUUUUAUAUGUGUGUAGAAUCGCCGCGUAUUUACAGCACUUAUUGUAUUGAAUAUAAUUACCAUAGUGUUCACAUGAAUUGCGUCUAAUAGCGAUAGAUGUGUAAAUGCAAUAAUCCGUUCCUCUCACAUCACAUAUGGAAAUAAUAACUUUAUUUUAUAAAUGAUUUGUUUUAGAAUCGUUAUUUGUAUAUUGAUCACCUUGUCUUCUACUCAUUAUAAUAUAACUGUAAAUGAGAUUAUAAUUGAAAAUAAAAAUGAAUGAAAUUCAUGUGUCCCAUAAUUUUAGCGUUGUGUCCACGAAAUUGUACAUUAUGAUACACUGUAGUAAUACCCGCAUCAUAUUGCCUUUUUGGGUCCCUUGGGCGACUAUAUAUGUGGUGACGUGGAACCUAAAUGGUAUUAAGUGCGUUGUGGAUGGCAAAAAUAUUUUUAAAUGUGUGACUCGCUGAAAUUAUAAUGUGAUCGUAAGUUGUCAUAUCACGCACAAGAAAUAGCUUUUUGUUAUUUUGAAGCGGCAUGGGCCGCAAUUUAGACAAUUUGAUGGGUAUUGCGGUUUUUCAAACUUUGUUAAGGUGCCUGUACACUGCUGCUCGUUGUUCUUGCAAUGAUUUCCGUAGUCUUAUUUGGAUUCAUGUUCUUGUUUGGACGUAUUUUAAUUCUUAGUCCAGUUGAAUAUCUACAGGAAAUAAUUUAUUAUCAUUUUGAAAUUAAUUAAGAUUUAUCUGAUUUCAAUUUGUACUUUUGUGAACAGUAACCAUGUGGGGUGGAUUGCGUCGACAUUGCUUCAUCAUGGCAUUUCACCCUUCAUGGCGUAUGUUAUAUUUUGAUGUUUUUAGUUUCGAAUUCAUUAUAUUAUCGCAUAACAUCAAAUCAAGUAGCAGUGUGAUAUACCUACCUUAAAAUCGCCGAGAUGUCAUUGUUUAACAUUAUUUAGCAAAAAGUGCGUUUGUGCGACAAAUGACCGAUAUGCGAAAUUAAAAGUAAAGACAGCAUAAAAUCGUGUAAAAUACUCAUCCUUCUAACGAUUGUUCGACUUUAAAAAGGUCUGAGAGGUAAGUGCGAGUUUUACUCAAACAAACGCGUCGAGCAAGUAAUCGCGAAUUUGUAUGGAAUUGCAUUAGUGCCAUCGCGUUAACACUAGAUCAAAUUACAAAUUCGCGUUUGAUCGAGUAAAACUCGCACUAACUUCUCAGACCUUAGAUAUUAAUAAAGUCUAACAAACUUUAUAAGGAUGAGUACUUUACACGAUUUUAUGCUGUCCCUACCUUGCAGUAGUUUUGUGUUUGUGUAGAUAGAUUGUGUUUGAAUAAUCAAUUUCAAGAAUGAGCACUUUAUACAAGUAGCUACUCGCCAAUUAACAAAUGAGGGCUGUUUCAUCCCUGUCUCGAACCCUUUAUCCUUAUAUUAUUAAUUCUUAUUAAAGCGUUUACCAUUUUGCGUAUUUCGACAUUUGCCGACUAAACGCAUAUUGUUUUAACACUAUUUAUAACCGAAGCAAUAAGUGUACUGAUCUUUGUAAACUCCUAAAUAAAAGUUAAAUGUUUCGAUUAUUAUUAUAUGGAUAUGUUAUAAUGACUUGUAAAUAUUAUUUAGAGUUAAAAAAUAAAUAAUUGAUCAUUGGA